UCUGAGACUACGGAAGAGAAAAGGAAGGAGAGAAAAGUUACCAUGGCACUGGUUAUGUUGCCGUGUGACCUGCCCUGGUGGUCGGCGGUGACAAAACAGCUGGACAGAGCUGCCGCGGCAAAGGACUCGAUCGAGCUCAUCGACGCCAUGCGCCGGCUUCACGACAUGUGCAACAUCAGCCUGGAUCCAGAAGAGGACGUGCAAGACCCCGACCUGUUCACCGGCUUCGCGAACUACCUCGAUCGGGACCUGAGCCCCGACGAGCGCGAACGCGUCUUCGCAAAAACCAUACCCAGGAUCGCCAAACAGGCCAAGGCUCUGAAAGCGCACAAACCGCCGCAGGGCUUGCACUUUAGUUUACAGCAACAGGGCGAUACGAUAGAGCACAGCUACGCGUUCGUGUCUUCCCUGAUAGCGAACGCCUUCUUCUCCACGUACCCGAAACGAACCCUCAAGACUCAUCCGACACUGCGGGACUUUAACUUUACGAAUUUCUUCAAGCACCUGCACUUAAACAGCCAGAAAGCAAAGUUGCGCGGAAUAUUCCAAUACUUUGACUACCUGGACAGCGGCGGGGAAAAGGUGCUGGAUGGCCAACUGUUGAUAUCGCGGCAGGUGAUGCUGUCGAAGCAGUGGCUGACGAUCGAGGACUGGUUGGAGAGCAGCGCCUGUCUGUGUCCUCUGACCAUCCGCCACGAGGGUAGGCUCGAGCGCGUGGAUCAAUUGGACUCGAAGCCCGCGAUGCAGGUGUGCUUCGCCAGUAGGAGCUUCGGCGACGGUGUGCUCGAGGCUGCCGCCACUCAAGAGACUAUACAA